GAUUUUUGUACCAUCGUCUCUCAUACGGCUAGUAAUGUGUACUGCAGUUAUGAUGCUCACCACCAGAGGGCAGAAGAUCCAUUAGUUUGUUGAACCAGUAAUCCUCUGACCCGGAAGAUAAACACAACACGAACUGACGUCACGCCACCGCCUGAGCAUGAUGGCGGCUUCUGGCGCUGCCGGCGGUUCUCCUGGCCGCCUGGUCCAGUACGUUGUGGUCCGCUCGGACCUGGUCCACAAGCUGUCCUGGCCCCUGGGAGCCGUGAUAACGCAGGCUUGUCACGCCGCCACCGCCGCCAUCCACCUGCACUACGCUGACGGUGACACGCAGAACUACCUGGCGGAGCUUGACGCCAUGCACAAAGUAGUGCUCGCGGCUCCAGACGAGGCCGCCCUCUCGGGUUUAUCAGAGUCUUUGACCCAGGCCGACGUGGCCCACAAGCUCUGGAUCGAGCAGCCAGAGAACAUCCCCACCUGUCUGGCUCUCAGGCCGUACCCUAAAGAGAAGGUGCAGCCGCUGCUGCGCAAGUUCAAGCUCUUCAAGUGAACUCGCACCGCGUCGACUCCCGAGGGAGUCCACAAAAGAGGACUGCAAACAGGACAGCCAGUAACUGUUUCUUCUGCAUCCACUGGGAUGGAAAUGAGAUAUGAAUGGUAUCUCCCACACAAGUUAUCCAUCUGUGUCCGGGCUGCUCAGUACAAGUCAACUAUAAGUUGACAGUAAAAGGAAACACGCCCGCAGAGCCGGUUAGCUUCAGCAGAAAAGAAUGUUAUUUAAAUAUUGCCUGUACAGUCAAUAAAGGUUAAACCAUGGCCACAGUUUUACCCUGGAACGCGUUAUUUCUGGUUCCUUUGGUAAUAUUGGACCACAAACAAACCAGAGGUAGAAUUGUGUUUGUAGAGGUUCUGCUGAUGCCUCGCAUAUACUUCAAUAAAGUAAAUAAACAGUUUUAAAAAAAUGGUUGGGCAAUAUAGGCUGAAAUUCACAUUGUCAUUUACAUCGCUGUCUCUUGCAAUAACGAUACAUAUCACGAGUAGGGAUGUCUAAUGAUAUAAUGUUUAAUCAUAUCAAUCACUGUUUUCAAAUAAAUCACCAUUUGCAACUA